GUGACCAGAACGACGGAAGAAGAUACCGAUGCGACGGCUCCAAUGACAGCGUCCGACAACGGACCAAAUCGCGGAGAUAUACCAUCGUUCGAUGACGACGAGGACAACGAACUAACGUCGGGCGAUGGCAAUCAUUCGGGUGACGGACCAGAUACUGAUGACCGUUACACGACGAACAAACCACAGCGAGUCGGGUCCCAAGACGAUACUAAUAUGUUGCCGAUGAAUAACGUAAACGGUUUUAAUUUGACCAUAACUAAUCCACCCGACUCUUGGAACGCCGGCGAUUCGACCACAAGCACCACUACCACCACUACCGUCGCUGCUGCUACUACCACGACAACGACGACGACGACUGCAAAAGCGACUGCGGCCACUCAACCGUCCACGACCGCCCAACCGUCCACGACCACUGAGUCACCGACGAGUGCUCCGCCGCUAUCGCCGACCCAGUCGUUUGUCGAACAAGGCACAACUAUUUUCAGAGUACAUUUAACAAUAAUGGAGCCAUAUACCAAGGACUAUGCUGAUAUGAAAAGCGAAGCUUUUGACUGGCUUGCCAACAAUAUCACUUUGUCACUGAACAAAGCAUUAAAACAAUACGGAACUUACUCACCAAGAGUAGUAGCAAUCCAGCCAAGUAGCGACGAAUUUUUUGUAAGAGCAACUGUGGACAUUGAAUCCGAAGRACGAGAAACUAAGGAAACAUUAGAAAAUCAACUCCGAUAUUUCAUAUCCAACUCUAGAGCAUUUAAUCCUAGUAGCCCUCUCACUGUUAUCGAUAAAGGAUUCGACAUCACACAAGCAUACGCUGGUCUCACCGCCACUUGCCAGUCGGGCGAAAUGCUUUGUGUAGUCACCAACGCUUGUUUACCAGCAGAAUCUCGAUGCAAUGGCACGGCUGAAUGCCCAGAUGGAACUGACGAACAAAUGUGUCAAAGACAUAUCGAACUUAACGUGUGCGGGGUUGAUGAAUUCCAAUGUGACGGUCUUACAUGUAUCCCAAACUCAAAAAAAUGCAAUGGUCUCAAUGAUUGCUUGGAUCGAACCGACGAGCUAAGCUGUCCACCAACUAACAAAUGUACUGCUGAACAAUUCAAAUGUCAUCUUACAUCGUUUUGUAUCCACAAAUCCUUACAUUGCAACAGAAUAAAAAACUGUCAGGACGGUUCGGAUGAAGAAAAUUGUCCUGAAAAAGUUUGUGAUGAAAAUUCAUUUUCAUGCCGAAGCACAGAUCAGUGUAUUGACAAAAAAAAAGAAUGUGACCUACGCAUUGAUUGUGACGACGGAUCUGACGAAGAAAAUUGCUCUAAUUGUGGUCCUGAAGAAUUCCAAUGUCACAAUGGUAAAUGUUUAUCCAUCGACAAAAGAUGUAACGGGAAACCUGAAUGCAGUAACGGCGAAGACGAAGUAAAUUGCGGGAUACCGGGCAGUGACAAUUUACCCAGUUUUGGUACAGACAGACCAUCGUUAUCGUCUGCAAACACUAAUCAGGCGUCGUCAACAGCCGACAUACCGCCUCCUGCAGUCGCCACAGUGUGUUUUUCCAACGAGUUUCAAUGCAAUGACGGCGGUUGCGUGAGCAGCGAUUACCGCUGCGAUCGUAUUAACGAUUGUAAGGAUCAAAGUGACGAAUUGGACUGUGCUCCCGCAGUUCCGACAAUAACGACCCCCAACGUCACUAAUAUCGCUACCACCACUGAAUUAUACCCGCAGUAUCAAAAUCCUUCUGUGUUCGURACCUGCAACUGGAACGAAUUUGCUUGCCGCAACGGUCGGCAGUGCGUCCCGAAAUCGGCGAAAUGCAACAACAACUACGAGUGUCAAGACUUUUCGGAUGAAGACAAUUGCUAUGGAGCUCCAGAUGGUUUAAAUUUAAAAACAUAUCCAAACGAACAAACCAUUAAAGAAAACUCAAAAGACAGAGAAGUAGUAUUUCAAUGCAGAGAUGAAGGUCCUCUGAGAGCACCUGUUAGAUGGUCUCGAGGCAAUGGACUGUAUUUACCUCAUGGAUCUAGAGACAUUGGAGGUCGAUUAGAAAUGCCUAAUAUUAAGGUUGAACACAGUGGUACAUACGUGUGCGAGGCAAUUGGUUUCUCAGCUUCCGACCCGGGAUCCCGCGUAUCUGUCUUCCUAAAAGUAGAACCAUGGAUUGAUGUAACGGUUCGGCCUUUAGAAGCUUGUGGUUUAAAUGAAGCUACGUGUUCUAAUAAACAAUGUAUAUUAAAGUCAAAAGUUUGUGAUGGUCAAAUAGAUUGUUUAGAUGGAUCAGAUGAAACCCGUUGCAACAUGUUUGGAUGUCAACCCAACGAAUUCCGCUGUAGUAAUAAAAAAUGUAUACUCAAAACUUGGGUGUGUGAUGGUCAAGAUGAUUGUGGAGAUAAUUUUGAUGAGCAAAAUUGUGAUCAAAAAUUAUCGGAUUCUCGCUGUUUAUACAGUGAAUUUGAGUGCAGAAAUAAAGAGUGCAUUCCAAAAUCAUUUCAAUGUGAUUCUCAAAGUGAUUGUUCAGAUGGAAGCGAUGAAAUUGGUUGUCUUCCAGUACAAUUUCAAACUACACCACCUCCUUUGAUAACACUUGAAAUUGGUGAUGUGUUCAUAACAACAUGCAAAGCUGUUGGUGUACCAACUCCCGAAAUAUCAUGGCGAUUGAACUGGGGCCAUGUUCCAACAAAAUGUGAAAUGACUAGUGUUAAUGGAUUUGGUACACUCACUUGUCCUGAUAUUCAGGAAGCUGAUCAAGGUGCAUACAGUUGUGAAGGUAUCAACAUACAUGGGUCUGAAAUAGCAGUUCCAGACACAAUAUUAGUUGUAAAACGACCUAAUUUAAUUCAACCAACCACAUGCCCUAAAGGAACCUUUAAUGAUGUAGCUUUAUCWCAAAAUGAUUGUAUCAACUGUUUUUGUUUUGGAAUCUCGAGUAAUUGUAGGAGUUCCAAACUCUUCAAGAUUCAGAAUGCACCAUCAUUGAAUCAACUUAAAAUAGCUAAUGUUUAUAUAGAAUCUUCUUCAUUUAGAGUAGAAAUACAACCAGCAAGUUCUACUGCUCAUCAAAUAAAUGUGAAUGGAAAUGAAGCUUUGCAAGUGUUUACAGUUAAUAAUGCUUCAAGGCAAUAUGAAGAYACAUACCCAUACUUCAAAUUCCCAGAAAGUUAUUUAGGCAAUCAGCUUAAAUCCUAUGGGGGUUACAUAAAAUAUGUAGUUAGGUAUGAGGGAAAUGGAGAUACAAUCACAUUCACACCAGACAUUAUUUUGAUUGGAAAUGGUGUUAAACUUAUGUAUUUUGGUCCAGAAAUACCAGUAGGCAUUGACACAGUUGUAUCAGCUAGAUUAUUUGCUGAUGUUUGGAAAAAAGAAAGUACUGGUUUCAGUUAUUCUGAUAGAUUAGCAACCAGGGAAGAAGUUAUGAUGGUUUUAGCUAAUGUAGAAAAUAUUUUAAUCAGGGGUCAAUAUGUUUCACAACAAUCUGAAACAAACAUAAAACAUAUAAAAAUGGAUUCUGCACAAACAAUGAAAAAUAUAAAUGAACAUGUAGCAUUURUUGAGGAAUGCCAAUGUCCAGCAGGUUAUACUGGUCUAUCAUGUGAAAGUUGUGCUCCUGGAUAUAUACGCAGACAACAAGGUUCCUGGUUAGGACAAUGUUACAAAGAAGAUACAGAAGUCUGUCCAAUAGGAAUGUAUGGAUCACCACCAAGAGGAAUACCGUGCAGACAUUGUCCUUGUCCCUUAACAUCAUCUGGCAAUCAAUUUGGUAAAGGUUGCUACCUAGACACUGAUGGGUUACCGACAUGUAAUUGUGUUGAUGGAUAUGUUGGRCGAAGGUGUGAACAAUGUGCCUCAGGAUAUUCAGGAAAUCCUUUACAACCAGGAGAUUAUUGCAAGCAAGGUAUAUGUGAUGUAGCUGGUUCAAUAUCACCAUUCCCUGAUGAGAGUACAGGAAAAUGUGUUUGCAAGGAUUAUACAACUGGUGAUUUAUGUAACCAAUGUAAGGCUAACACGUUCAAUAUUGCACCAGACAAUCAAUUCGGUUGCAUAAGCUGUUUCUGCAUGGGUGUAUCCAAUCAAUGCACCAGUUCGAGGCUGUAUAGACAAGAGGUACAUGCAACAUUUGCUAGAACCAACCAAGACAUAAAAUUAAUUCAGCGUAAAAACUUUGUUCCGUUGCCAAAUGUAGAAGUGGAUUCAAGCACUAGAGAACUUGUUUACAGAGACUUUCCACCAGGCAGUCAAGAAGUUUAUUAUUGGCAAUUGCCUCCGCGGUUUCUGGGAAAUAAAAUAACAUCAUAUGGUGGUUCUCUCAGUUACAUCUUAAGACAUGUUCCAGUUCCAGGUGGUCAAUCUUCCAAAAACAGUGCACCAGAUAUUGAACUCAUAAGUGAAAACAAAAUCCGAUUAUUACAUUAUAGUCGUGAAAACGUAGAACCAAAUACUUUAAAAUCCACUUCAGUUAAACUAUUAGAACAAAAUUGGCAACGACCAGAUGGUCAGGUUGCAGAUCGCGAACAUUUAUUAAUGGCCUUGGCUGGUUUGAAAUUCAUAUUAAUUAAAGCAACUUACACAACUGGUACUAGAGAAGUAGCAAUACAAUCAGUUACGCUUGAAAUCACUGAUUCAUUCAAUACUGGAAAAAAUAGAGCUGUUGAAGUGGAAGAAUGUUUGUGCCCAGAAGGUUACAAAGGUCUGUCAUGUGAAGAUUGUGCGGUGGGAUACACGAGAAAUGGCCAAGGUCUAUAUUUAGAAAUAUGUGAACCAUGUACAUGUAACGGUCAUUCAAACCAUUGUGAUCCUGAUUCUGGAAUUUGUGUUAACUGUCAAAAUCAUACAACGGGAGAUACAUGUAAUGAGUGUUUACCUGGUUAUACAGGUAACCCACUAAAAGGCGUACCAUGUGAACCCAAUGAAGAGAUUUCUGUCUGCGAUUGUGAUUCUCGGGGMACUUUAUUACCUUGUCAGGAUGAUAGAUGUGUUUGCAAAACCAAUGUCGAAGGACCUCGUUGUGACCGUUGUAGACCUGGUACAUUUGACUUGUCAGAAAAUCAUGUAGAAGGAUGUUUAGAAUGUUUCUGUUCUGGAGUCUCUCAAAACUGUUAUCCUUCCAAUUUAUUUAUUACUCAAAUUCCAAUGCAGUUAUUUGGACAAAGUCAUGGUUUUACUUUAACUGAUAGUACUAGAAAUAGGUUCAUUAAAUCUGGCUUUACAACUGACGUGUCUAGAAACGAAAUUGGGUAUGACUAUACUCCUAAUCGUGGCGAACAACUAUUUUGGUCAUUGCCAUCUUCUUUUACAGGAAAUAAGAUUACAUCCUAUGGAGGUUUUCUUAACUGGACCCAACGCUAUACCGCAUUUCCAGGUUCCACAAUACGUGAUGACACUGACAUCAUACUUGUUGGAAGUGGAAUAUGGUUAUUUAAAUCAAAUGAUAAAAAAGUUUUACCAGGCGAAUCUACCGUACUAAGUACUCAUUUAGUAGAAAAAGGUUGGCGUCGAUUAAUUUCUUCAGGACCACAACCAGCAUCAAGAGCCGAAUUUAUGAAAGUACUUUCAUCUAUUGAAGCUAUCCUAAUUCGUGCRAUACAUGCUUCUCAGACAAAUAKAACUUACCUUAGUGAUGUAAGUUUAGAUACAGCUAUUGAAUCGGAGACUGGUGGUGAACGAUCAACCAGUGUUGAAAUAUGCAGAUGUCCAGUUGGUCACAGAGGAACAUCAUGUGAAAUAUGCAGCAUUGGAUAUUACAAGAACAUCAAUGACCAAUGCACAAGAUGCCCAUGUAAUGCUAACGAAGAAAGCUGUUCACUAGGCUCAGACUUAAGAGUCACUUGUAAUUGUCUCUCUGGAUACACCGGGCCUUCAUGCAAUACUUUAGUUGAUAAUAGACAAACAACCACAACCACAACCAGAAAACCACCACCUCUUCCACUACCAGAAAUUUAUAUUCAAAUAUCUGAGCCAAAAAUCGAAAUUGUUGAAAUAGGAAAUACUGUUACAUUACACUGCGCUGCCAAUUCUCGUCGUUCACAAAAAAUCAGUAUAACRUGGUCAAAAGAAAAUGGAUAUUUACCAUCUGACCGUAYACAAGACAAUGGGUCAGGUCAUUUAUAUAUAACUAACGUAGAACCUUCAGAUAGUGGAGUGUAUAUUUGUACAGCAUCUGAUGGAUAUUCAUCUUUCAGUGACAAAAAAAUACUGAGAAUAGCAGAUCGAACGACAACGACCAGCAGACCGAUACCAAGUCAACCAGAUAUUUAUAUCACAGUUUCAGACCCAUCGAUUGAGAUCGUGGAAAUUGGUAGUACUGUAAGGUUUAGAUGUGAUGCCAGAUCUAGACGUAAUCGGCCUGUUGUGUUAAAAUGGACAAGAGAAGGCGGUAGUUUACCUGUAAAUAGAGCAAUCGAUAAUGGAUCAGGAUAUUUGCUAUUUACAAAUCUUGACACAUCAGAUUCUGGAGUAUAUGUGUGCACUGCUUCUGAUGGUUAUUCUGCAAUCAGYGAAAAGAAAACACUUGCUGUUGGAGGUGGAACAAAUAUUAUUAAGCCAACUGUUGAAAUCAGACCUAAAUACCUAAAACUCGUAGUUGGUGAUCCAGCUGAAUUCAUUUGUCAGUCUCCUGGAGCGCCUACUCUCGAAUGGUAUAGAGGAUUAGAUCAACAGUUCAACCCAUCUUACGUUUCUGCGGAUGGUGUGUUCCGUAUCCCAGCAGUAAAGCAAUCUGAUCAAGGUUCUUAUUUCUGUAGAGCAACAAAUCAAAAUGGCGAAACUGAUUCGCAAAGAGUCACAAUUUAUAUUGAACCUUCCCAAAACGUUAUAAAUGGAUCAAAUGAUUUAUUGUCGCUGACAAUAGAUCCACCUCAAUACUCAGGGCCUGGUGAUGUUGUACGUCUUCAAUGUACCAUUUCAGAUGAGACUCAGUAUGGUGUUAAAUGGUCAAAAAUAGGAAAUCAACCAUUGCCAUAUGGAUCUGAACAAAGUUCAAGUGGUCUUUUGACUCUUCGCCGUCUUAAACCUUCCAACUCUGGUGUAUACGUAUGCUCAGCAAUUUCAUAUAGAUCUGGAGCGAUUGAAUCGGAAGUAGAAGUACCAGUCAAUAUUGUGCAAAGAAGAAAUCCMCCAAGUUUACGCAUUGAACCAGACAAGCAAAUAGUUCCACAAGGUACCCUCGCGGAAAUCAGAUGCCUGUCGACUACUGAUCCCAAUCUUCAAGUACAAUGGUUUAAAAUCAAUGAAAAUUUAACUCCUAAUGUUCAGAUUAGUGGAUCUGUACUACGCAUACCAUCAGCUCAAGUCAAAGAUCGUGGYAUAUAUGUUUGUAAAGCUACAAAUGAAGGUGGGACUGCACAAGCAUCUUCUAUUAUUGAUAUUGAACGAAGGGAAGCUCCGACUAUUGAAUUAUACCCAAGCGGUAGACAAACUGUGACUCUUGGAGGUAGUGUAUUAUUCCAAUGCCGAGUAACUGGAGGAAUUCCUACACCUGUUAUCAAGUGGACUAGACGCAAUGGCGAAAGUUUACCWAGUCAAAUGGAGGAGAUUCCACCGGGAGUAAUCAAAAUUACUGGUAUGGAAGCAUCUAGUGCAGGYGAAUAUGUUUGUGAAGCCAGAAACAAUGCUGGCAUGACAUCAGCUAUAGCUGUUCUUGAAGUCCAAUCUGUUCCCGUUAUUAACCUAAGGCCAUCUGGUAUUAUAACAGUACUACCAGGAAAACCAGUUAAGCUUCACUGUCGCGCGACUGGAAAACCGUCACCCACGGUGACAUGGACUAAGCUUACACAGAGUUAUUCUUCUUACCCUGAAUCUCGCAGUAACUUAGGGUCAUCUGACAUAGCUGAAUAUGUUAUAGAAAAUGCUCAACCAUCAGAUACCGGGACAUAUUCCUGUAUUGCRCAAAAUUCUGCCGGACCUGUGGAAGAUCGAGUACAACUAAUUGUGUCUGAUGACGCAAAYGAAAUAUAUGGUGGAGAAAAUGAAGGAAAAUCAAAUACAAAYGAAGAGGAAAAUAAAACAUCUGGUCCGUUCAGAGGUGAUAUAGCUGGAAAUGAUGAAAGUGGUGGUGUAAUUCCUAACACAAAACCUGAAGAUGAAUUAGUAAAUUUAGUAGGAUCUAAAGCAGUUCUUACUUGUAAUGCCGACGCAUCUGCGAUUAGAGAUCGCAUACAAUUAACAUGGGUGAGAGGUAACCAACUCUCAUUAUCYGAAGAACAUGAUAUUAUCGAUAAUAUGCUAAUUUUGAGAAAUGUCCAGAAAUCGGAUCAAGGACAGUACAACUGUUUAGGGAUUGAAUCCGAUGGAACUGUUGUAUUUAGUCGACCCAUUACAUUAAAAGUAGUUGAACCUCCRAGAAUUGUUUUGAACCCAACACGACAAAUAGUUAAACGAGGUGACAACGCUCAAAUUAUGUGCACCGCUGAUGGAGAUCAACCUAUUUCAAUCACAUGGUCGAAAUUGUAUAGUCGGUCAUUACCACCUACUGUACAAACGAGUGGAGGAUUUUUAAGAUUUAAUGGCAUCACUGAACAAGACACUGGUAGAUAUUUAUGUAAGGCUGUUAACAACAUCGGAGAAGCUGAAUCUGUUGCUGAAGUCAUUGUGAACGAUAACUYACGAGAUCACCCCGCUCCAAUCAUCAGAGCUAUUGAUCACAAUCAAGAAGUAUUUGAAGGCGGAAACACUAAUCUCCGGUGUGUACUACCCAGAUCAAGUGAACAAUACACUGUGAAAUGGAGCCGUAUCCGAUCACCACUUCCAAAUGAUAGUCAAUUACGUGGGGAAGUACUAAGCUUACGAAACUUACGUAUGAAUGAUUCUGACCGUUAUACAUGUAAAGUGGAUAGUCCGUACGGUACAACUACUGACUACAUAGAUCUCCGUGUUCUCCCAUCUUGUCUGAUUGACGAGUUCCGCUGUAACGACGGGCAAUGCAUUUAUUUUACUCAGUAUUGCGAUGGCACGCCGGACUGUUCCGACGGUUCGGACGAAGAAGAUUCGUGUUUGGAGAAGAAAAAGAGAAUUGGUCGGAACUCUGGUCUUUUUAUUAAGCCUAGCCAAGGAACGGUGUACAUUGGUGACACUUUAGAGCUCGAGUGUAUUUGGGCGGAUGACGCAAGUACCAUUAGUGAAUACAGUGAAAUUACAUGGGCCAAAGUAAAUGACGACAUGGCAAACAAUGUCGAAAACCUAGGAUCCACAAUCAAGCUUAAUGACGUGAAACAAGAGAAUGCCGGAAUAUACAGAUGCACGAAACGAGAUAAAAAUAAUAACAUCGUUACUGAAGAUUAUGAAUUAAUCGUUACGCCAACUCCGUCCGAUGCUGCUUCGCCAUCAGUUAGUACCAAGUACGCACCAUAUGGAAAAUCUGUUGUAGUAGAAUGUAACACCGAUCUAUCGCUACCUGUUGAAUAUUCUUGGGCCAAAUUUGGACCUCAAAUGGAACCUAUAUACGAUCGCAGAAACUUAACGCUGUAUAAUGUUACUGAAAAGAGUGCGGGAUUGUACUUGUGCACAGCUUCGAACGAAAUGGUGAGAAUGGAUAUUCCAACGGUGCUUGUCGUUACUGGAAUCGUACCCUCAUUCCGUGGCACCGACAGCUACUUAGCGUUCCCUACCCUUCUUAAUACUUAUUUGGAAUUAAACAUCGAAGUUCACUUCAAACCCGAAAUGAACGAUGGAUUGAUAUUGUAUAAUGGUCAAAAACCUGGUGGCUCGGGCGACUUUUUCUCGUUUGGACUUCGUGACGGUAUUCCUGAGUUCCGUUUUGAUGUCGGAUCUGGGGCUGCGAUCAUAAAAGCAACUGAACCUGUGACAUUGAAUGAAUGGCACGUGGCUAAACUCGAAAGGGUUAAAAAACAAGGUACCAUGUACAUCGACGAACGCGGUCCGUACCGAGGCGUCAGUCCGGGCACGUUCCAGGGAAUGGAUUUAUCUCAACUCUUGUACAUUGGUGGAGUGCCCGACUUUGGGUCGAUACACAAAGACGUCGGUUUCCAAACUGGAUUCGUUGGUUGCAUCAGUGGUUUUAAAUCAGAAACCCGUACGUAUAACUUGAUGAAGGAUUCAGUGGACAAACAAGGUUUGGGCACGUGUGAUGUUUGUUCCAACAAUCAGUGUUUGAACCAAGGUAUCUGCCAAGAGGCUCAAACCAGCCAAGGAUAUACGUGUAUAUGUCAACCCGGUUACAGCGGCGAGUAUUGUGAUAGGAUAAGUGAAGURUGUACGCCCGGCAUAUGUGGGCUCGGUGAAUGUUUGACCGGCCACGAAGAAAUCGAAUGCAAAUGUAAAAUCGGUACGCUCGGGAAAAGAUGCGAACGUACUGUUGAAAUCGUCGAACCGUAUUUCACUGGAAAAUCUUAUCUAGCGUACCCGGCACCGACUUCGCAACAGAAACUAACGAUAUCCUUAAACAUCAAUCCAGCGUCCUUGACUGAUGGUGUGAUUCUGUACGCCGCUCAAAACCAUCAAGGAAUAGGCCAAUUCCUGUCAGUGACGUUGAAAAACAGACAAAUUGAAUUCCGUUACACCGUGGCCGGUAUGACGUCCAUGUUACGAAGCAGACAAAACUUGGAAAUUGGUGAAUGGACCACAAUAACCGUUAGUCGUAACACGGAAACGCAAGAAUGCAAAUUGUCAGUCAACAAAGAAACGCCAAUCAGAUCCAUCGAAAACGGUAACAUGCAUCCCUUGGAAUUGAAAACUCAUCUGUUUAUGGGUGGUUACGAUUCGUACAAGAUGAAAAUCGCUAAAUCCGUGGAAGUCGAGAACAAUUUCAAAGGAUGCAUAAAAAUGCUAAAAGUCUCUGGAAUGGACUUGGACAUGAUAAGUUCUACCGUGGAUUCCGCGAACAYAGAAGACUGUGUUACUGCUCGGGGAGAUGCCUGUUCGUAUAACCACUGCAAGAAUUACGCGAACUGCCAUACUACGCCCAAACACUAUGAAUACGUAUGCGAAUGUGAAAACGGAUUCAGUGGUCCGAAGUGUGAUGUCGAAGCGAAGUUGUGUUCGACGCUGAAACCGUGUCUCAACAACGGUAUAUGUACCGACAUCGAUUCGAGCUCGUACAGGUGCGAUUGCCCACUCGGACAUUCCGGACCGACGUGCAACGAAAUGGUGGUUUUGGACAUCACAGCCAAUUUCAGYGGAAACAGUUAUCUGCAGUUGGAAAAUAGCCUAAUGGAUCGGAAUAAGAGAGAACAUUCCAUAUCGAUGACGUUCACCACAGAUUCAGCUAACGGUCUAUUGUACUGGCAAGGCCAAGAACCCAACAACGAUGGUGUAGUCGAAAAUUACAUCGCCGUCUCUAUUGUCAACGGCUACGUAGAACUGAAUCACAGGUUCAAAGGCAGAUCUACACCAGCAAUCCGAGCCACGGACCAUCAUGUUAACAACAAUGAACCCCACGUGAUAUUGAUCCGUGGAAAUGGAGCCGAGUGGUCUUUAGAACUAGACAGGUUGACUACAGAAUAUGGUAAAGAACGGGACGUAAACAUCCAACAACUCUUGGAAUCUACCGAUUUGAUAUAUAUCGGUGGAGUACCGGAAGUCAUACUGACAUCGAACGACAACCAUUACAAAGGAUAUGAGGGUUGUAUUGGUGAUGUACGUAUCCAGGACUCAGGAUACGUAAAUCUGGGCCAAAAGUCGUUGUCCGGCAAAAACGUUGCUUCUUGUAACAGACACGACGUCAACAAUAUCAUUCAAAGAAACGAAUAAUAUAAUCAACGAACAAAACGCACCGCAGUCCAACGCCGCGCUUAAGACAACAAGAAUAUUAUAUUAUAUAAUAUCGUAAAAAAAACGUUGUUUUCAUUUUUUAGUUUAAAUCUAUUUUAUAAUCAAAUCGCUUUUAACGACGCCUACUUUUGUAAUUUUUAAACUCAUUAGCGUUUAUAGUCUGUAAAAGGAAUCAUAAUAUUAUGUAAUAAUAAUAUUGCCAUACAGUUAUAAUAUAUUACAAUAACACACCUGCCUAUUGUCAUACAUAAUAUGUACAUACGUCAUACAUAUACAUAUUAUGUAUAUCGCAACUCUGCAACGUAGUUAUGUAAUUUUUCAUAUUUUUGUAUUAAUUUUUAAUGUUUCUGUGCGUCGCCAAAAACCACCAAACGAAAUCGUUAUUCUACAUUGCCUAUAUAUAGAAUUAUUAUAUAUAUAUAAAAAAAAAAUAAUAAUUGUAA